AUGGAUCCAGAAGAGCAGGAGUUACUUGGUGAUUACAGAUACAGAAAUUAUUCUUCAGUGAUCGAGAAAGCUUUGAGAAACUUUGAAUCAUCAAGUGAAUGGGCGGAUCUUAUAUCUUCCCUUGGCAAGCUUAAUAAGGCUCUUCAGAGUAACCUGAAGUAUUCUCUAUUGCCAAGACGGCUGAUCAUCAGUAAAAGAUUAUCUCAGUGUUUACAUCCAGCAUUACCUAGUGGAGUGCACUUAAAGGCACUAGAAACCUAUGAAAUAAUUUUUAAAAUUAUUGGGACAAAAUGGCUUUCCAAGGAUUUAUUCUUGUACAGCUCUGGUUUGUUUCCUCUGCUGGCGAAUGCAGCAAUGUCAGUGAGGCCUGUUCUUCUUGGUUUGUAUGAGAAAUACUUUCUUCCUCUCCAAAAGUCCCUCCUGCCUGGUCUUCAAGCCUUUGUAAUUGGACUGCUGCCUGGACUGGAAGAAGGAUCAGAAAUUUAUGACAGAACAGAUGCUUUGCUUGUGAAACUCUCCUUAUUGAUGGGCCAAGAAGUGUUCUAUGGAGCACUCUGGGGUAGUGUCCUGGUCAGCCCAUCCAUCAGGCUACCUGCUUCUCUUUUUGUUGUCAGUCAUAUCAACAGAGAGCUGACUGGAAAACAGCAGAAGUACAUGCUCGGCACUGAUUAUAAGCUCACGAUAAAGUCUUUGUGUGUAUCAGUAUUGGAUUCUAACGUCCUUGUGCAAAGAAACACUCUAGAAGUGAUUCUCUUCUUCUUCCCAUUUUAUACAGCUUUGGACCACAACGAAAGCACUAUUCUAUUGCACAGGACUGAUUUAGUCUAUAUUCUGUCAGCAGCUACACAGACAUUGUUGAGGAGAGACAUGUCACUCAACAGAAGAUUAUAUGCAUGGUUGCUAGGCUCUGACAUUAAAGGUGGUACUUUUGCUCCAGACUCAGCAACUUCUGAAGACCAUGCUAUUUAUUUCUUUGGAAAAUAUUCUAAAGAUCUUUUGGUUGAGAGUUUGAUUGAAAUUUUACAUCAGAAAUUCCCAGAGUCUGAUACAGAGGAACAACAUCAGGCUUAUCUGAAACCCUUUCGCAUCCUCAUCAGUCUCCUUGACAAACCUGAAAUAG